GAUUUAUUUUUAUUUUAUGGGCAUUGGUGUCUUGUCUGCAUGUGUGUCUGUGUAUGGGUGUUGGAUCCCCUGUAGCUGGAGUUACAGACAGUUGUGAGCUGCCAUGUGGGUGCUGGGAAUUGAACCCAGGUCCUCUAGAAGAACAGCCAGUGCUCUUAACUGCUGAGCCAUCUCUCCAGCCCUAUUUUCAUGUUUAUGUAUAUUUUGUCUGCCUGUGUGUCUGUGCAUCAUCGUGUGUACACCAGGUGUCCUCAGAGGUCAGGAGAGGGUGUCAAUCCCAUGGAAUUGGAGUUGCAGAUGGCUGUGAGCCACAUUUGGGUAGGAACCAAACACAAGUCCUCUGCAAAAGCAGACAGUGCUCUUAACUGGAUUAGUCUUUAAAAUAUUUUUGAAAUUACUGUGCGUGUGAAAUGAUGUGUAUGAGGUGGCAGAGGACAGCUUUGUGGAGUUUGAGUUCCAGGGAUAGACCUUGGCACACCAGUGUUGCACGGUAAGCCCAUUUACCCACUGAGCCAUCUCCUCAGCCCAAGUCUGGACUAAUUAUUAACAUGUCUCCUCACAAAACGCUGAGAUCUGGGAAGAACUCUUCUUGUUUUCAUCUGCACCUGUUGGUAAGCUUUGCUCCACUAUUUAAUGUUUUCGGCAUCUGGGACCUUCCACAAACUGAAAACUGUUAAAGUUGAUCUGGAAGAGAUGAGAAGUUGUCCAGUGGCGAGACACUGGCCCUGUGCCACUAUGGGCAUGAAAGGAUGCUGCACAGAACGUGGUGAGUAGUUCCAUGGAACGCUGGUAAUGGCAAGCUCACCCAGGAAAUACUCCUACACUGUUUUUCAAACAGAAAAUAAGCAGUAUUGAGCGCUGCCUUUAUUCCCAUUUUACUAGAAAGGAGACAAUGUUAACAAUUUAUGUGCUGUCGGAAAGUGUUUCAUAAACCCAGAUGUGUUUACUAAGAACUGGAAGUUGUUUAAGCUGUAAGGUUUGGAGGAACUUUCAGCAGUAAAGCAGUUACAAAGCAUUUUGGUUUUAAAACAUCGAAGGCAAGUGUUUUAUUGCACAGCAAAACUGAAAUGCAGUUUAACCACUGGUUUACAAUUUGGUUAAAACCCAAAGCUGCAAGCCAUUUUAAGGAAUCAAAAAUUAUUUUGCACACUUUCAAAAAGCUUUCAGCUUGUCUCAACCAUUUGUUUUUAUUUUCAAAGCGUAAGUGCUCAAAAGGAAUCGUAUUCAUUAGCUGGAUGCCUGGCAAGCAAGACAUAUUUGUAGAAUGAACAAGUAAGUGAGCAAGCUCUCUUGAGAUCUUGAGAUACAAUAUAGUCCUUCAUUUGAGCUGAUUUCCCUUAAUUAAUUCACAGAACUUUAGGCUCAUUUUACAUGUCUGCUCACACAAUUAAUAUCAUGGUUGAGUUCUCCAACACUGUAAAACUAGAGAGAUGCCCACUUACAGCCAUGUGUCAGGUGGGGGAGGGUAUUUAUUACUCUGCCUUUAGCUGAAUAAGAGGCACGGAGUCAUUUUAUGAGUAUUUAGGGGAAAACAGUUUCCUCUCGCCUCACAGAACAUAACUUUGGUUUUUUUUAAUCUCUAAUAUAAUUCUUCGAACUAUGAAAUCCCAGAAGACGUGGUCCCAAGGAGGAGAGAGUCCUUCUAGGUUUGAGUUCAUUCAUUUCCAAGUGGCCCGUCCAGCUCCUGGACCGCUUUAAGACCUAGAGAAAUCCGCUUCCUCUGAGCCAAAGUCGGCCUCCCGACUGCAUCCCCGCCGCCCCACUGGUCGGUGCCGAGACGUCGAGGCCAGUCACCACCUCCUCCUCCUCCUCCUCCAGCCAGGCGGACCGCGCCAGUCCACUUCUGUGGGGGCGACACCCAGCCCGCAGGCCACACGCCCCGCGCGUGCGGCGCCUUUAUUUACUUCGCUCAAGAGCCAUCAGCCCCCCUCCUAACAAGUCUGGAAAGCAUUUCGGUGACGCGAUGUUGGGGACACUGGUCUGGAUGCUCGCGGUCGGCUUCCUGCUGGCCCUGGCGCCGGGCCGCGCGGCGGGCGCGCUGAGGACCGGGAGGCGUCCGGCGCGGCCGCGGGACUGCGCCGACCGACCCGAGGAGCUCCUGGAGCAGCUGUACGGGCGGCUGGCGGCCGGGGUGCUCAGCGCCUUCCACCACACGCUGCAGCUCGGGCCGCGCGAGCAGGCGCGCAACGCCAGCUGCCCGGCCGGGGGCAGGCCCGCCGACCGCCGCUUCCGGCCGCCCACCAACCUGCGCAGCGUCUCGCCCUGGGCGUACAGGAUUUCCUACGACCCAGCUCGCUUCCCGAGGUACCUGCCUGAGGCCUACUGCCUGUGCCGUGGCUGCCUGACCGGGCUCUUUGGUGAGGAGGACUUCCGCUUCCGCAGCGCUCCUGUCUACUCCCCGGCCGUAGUGCUCCGCCGCACCGCGGCCUGCGCGGGCGGCCGCUCAGUGUACGCUGAACACUACGUCACCAUCCCGGUGGGCUGCACCUGCGUGCCCGAGCCCGACAAGGCCUCGGACAACGCCAACUCCAGCAUGGACAAGCCAGGAGCCAGGCUGCUGCUCGGACCCGGCGACAGGCCAGCAGGGCACUGAUGCCAGGGACUGGCCGCCACCACCCAGCUUCCUUCGUGCAUCUGUUUCCCCAACCCAGGCCCUACCCCACCCCCGCCGCUGCCCACUUUUUCCGAAGGGACAACUACAUAAGCUUUAAAUAUAUUUGUAUUUUUCAAAGUAGACACUACAUACCUAAGGCUAUUUUGAAUAGAGGCAGAAACUAUUUUCGUAUUAGUAAUUUAGAGCAAGCAUGUUAUUUUUAAAACUUCCUUGACAUACAAGCAAAUUAUAAACAUCCGUUUUCCUCUAAUAGGAUUCUUGAGCGCAUAAUUGUGGUGCUCAGAUGAACUUCUGUUAGCUGACACUGUGUCCUCUCCCUGAGCUCACCAAGAAAGAGAGCAUCACACAGAUGCUCCGAAUCUGUGCCCCGAGGCCUCUCAGGUCCACGGAGAGAGAGGGAUUUGAGGGGCUCCGGGUUCCGGAAACCAAACUCUCUUUUGUUCUUUAGCAUAUGGAUGGCCUCAACUUUAUGACAACUUAGUUUUUUUUGGUGUUUUUCUUCCACUUUUAAAAGCCACUGGCCUCAAUUUAUGGCAGGAGGUGGAAUGUGGCUUCUUAGCCAGUUCUCAGGGAGCUCCAAGUACACAUGGGCUUAGUUUUAUGGGCUUUUGGAUCAGCCAAGCCUGCGGAGGAAGGAGGGCCGGGUCUCCAGAGUGUGGGGGCCUCCCUCUGGGUAUUAUGUCUGAGUAUGAAGUCUGCCCCUGAACACAUUUGUAAAGGUUCUUUUUCAAUCACUAAAACAAUGGUAGCUGACGGA